UAAAUAUAUUGGAUAGUAUUUAUAAAUGGGAGGAAAUAUCUGUAGAAGCAAGAGUACCAAGAAGAUGCCUUUCGUCGAUAGGAUCGUGCUCGGUCCCAUGGAGUCAUACUCACAAUAUGGCCAUUUUCCAUGGCACUUUUUGGCACAUAUCCUUUGUCUUGUUUUUAUUACUGCACAGAUAAUGCUAAUCAUAGCUCCAACAGGAGAGUACACUUCAACACAAAUGCGAGUUAUUUACCGAAUGUUCCUUGACCCAGAAGAUAGUUUCGAAGGAAUGGACUAUCUAAACUUUCGGCACUUCUUUGACUAUGAAGAACUAAGAGAAUAUGUCAAGACUUCCAUCAAAACUUAUUAUGAUCUUCCGAAUCUUGGCAAGUUGGAGCAAUAUAGACACAUUUAUAUCCACAAUGAAGGGCAGGAGAUAGACGUCAUCGAGCCACCAACCAUUGAAGCUCUAUUUAUAAGGAGCAGAUUUAGAAAAGCUUUCCCAGAGAUGAACUUCAGACCUACUCCUGAUGAUUUUGGUCCAUUCGAUCUUCCAGGGAACCAGUUGAGACUAUUCUUAUCAAACCUGACAAAUUUUCAGAUAAAUUAUAGAAUAAAGCAUCGGUUGCCAACCUCGGCAGCUGCUCCUUUCGACUGAUUUAUUUGGACUGUUUCUCAAGACUUCAGUUUCUUUGAUAGAAACCAUGUUACCCAAAGAGUAGACCUGGAUAGAAGUUAUUGCCCAGCAGGAGAAACUGGAACUGAUUUCCUCAGCAGAUACAUAUGGCUAAAUGUAAUCGUUAUCGCUGUCUCCCUCGCCUCAAUCAUUGCUCACUUCCUCCUCCUUGCUGAUAUGAAUAGACACUUCCACCAAAUGAUCGAGCAGUAUAUUGACCACAGAAAGAAGGAGAGAACCAAGCUAAGGAAGGAUUUAAAAGAAUUCGAAGAGGAAAGUGAAAUGGAAAAUUCUUUAAUUCCUGGUCUUACUCAAUCUCAAAAGAUUGGUCCCAACAAUAAUUUUGCUCGAGCUACUAUGUUGUACGAGACUGUUGUAAAGGAACGCAAGAUUCCAGACCAUGACAAGAUUGAUGACCUUGAGCAAGAUGACAUUAAUUUGAUUGAAGGUAACGAUUCUUUGAUACAACAAAUAUCUAUCUUGGAGAAAUUCACUAUGGCUGGGAAAUCCCAUUCGGUUAUAUGGGUCUUUUCAAUAAUUAUUGCAGAGAUCAUGAACAUCAUCGGCUCUAUUUUCCUGACUAUAAAUACAGUGAACACUGUCAGAUCUGCAGAGGUCUUGCUAGGGUUUGGAUCCCUGAUAAUCUGGGGCUCAAUGAUAAAAUAUAGUGAGAAUUAUAAAGGAUACAAUAUCAUCACGAACACCAUGAUCAACUCUAUAUGGGCAUUAGUGAAGGCAUUCAUUGGAGUAUUCCCGCUUAUAAUAGGGUGUACUCUCAUGGCUCAUUGCUUCUUUAAUCCUCACAAUAGGUACGCAGGGGGAGCUUAUUCGUUCUUCUCCCUCUCAGCGCUGAUGUUUGGGGAUAGUAUUUUCGAUAUCUGGUACCAAUCAAUGAUACAUGUGAUCUUCUUCUCACAGAUUUUCUAUUACAUCUUCGUGUUCAUCUCUAUCAGUGUGAUUAUCAACGCAUUUGUGAUGAUUGUUGGAGACGGAUAUGAAGACUCUAAGGAUUAUGAGAAACACGAUUGGAUUGAUAAGGAACUUCCAGAACCUAAAACUAAUCAUGAAAAGAAGAUCUACCUCUUCAUGAAGAUCCUUCAGAAAGAUUUUGAAAUUUGCAAAGAAGCUAACAUCCAUCACAAAAUUGAAAAAUUGGAGAAGAAGGAAGGCAAAAAGAUUUCCAAGACUGAAGAAGAGCUUUUUGAAGAAGAACAAGCUGGCAAGUCUAUGGAAUACCAUACUCGGAAAGUUAUCUCCUUGCUUGGAGAGAUCAAAGAGGCAUAUGAAGAGGAGAAAGAUGAAGGUGAUAACCAAUUCAUUGACCAACAAUACCACCAGCUUUGAGAGGAUAUAGACGAAAUUCUCAAGAAUAAUAAACCUCUUGAUGAUAAAAGCUUCUACUUUUAA